AUGGCGCCGCGCAUAGAAGCCCAAGAAAUCGAGACAUACUGGAACAUCUUCUCCGUACGGACCGGUGGCGGCAAAUACUUGACGGGAGAGCAAGCAGCGCCAGUGCUGAAAAACAGUGGUCUGCGAGACGACCAGCUCGAGCGGGUGUGGGAUCUUGCCGACGUGGACAAUGAUGGCAACCUAGACUUUGAGGAGUUCUGCGUCGCGAUGCGCGUGAUCUUCGAUAUUCUCAAUGGGGAAUAUGCCGACGUCCCUACAACACUACCAGAUUGGCUCGUUCCCGAAUCAAAGGCACAUCUUGUCCAGGCCAGCCGAGCUCUCACGGGCAAGCAGGCGGCGUUCGAGCAAAUCGAAGAUGACCCGGAUGAGCCGGGGCUGAAGGAUGGCUUCGAUUGGUACAUGAAUCCGGCCGACAAGUCCAAAUACGAGCAAAUAUAUCAAGAGAACAGAGAUAUGCGAGGCGAGAUAUCUUGCAAGUCCAACUAUUUGUGGAUUCUGGAUCAACAGCAGCUAAUCGUGACGUGGAAUCUAAUCAACCCUUCCGCCGCGAGCACCAUCAACAAGGACGCCUGUCUUGCCUUCCUACACAUUCUCAACUACAGGCAUGAGGGCUUCCGAAUCCCGCGAACCGUGCCCGCGUCGCUGCGCUCCAGCUUCGAGCGCAAUCAGAUCGACUACCAAGUAGAUAACCAGCGGACAGGUGCGAAUAGCCGAUGGGCGACCAAGGCGGACGAUGAGACGGCCACGGGGCGCAAAGCCAAGUUCGGCGACCAGUAUCUGACACGACUGGGUCGCUCUGGUUUCAAGACUGCUGGCACGGACUUCAGCUCCCAGAAGACUGAUGACUGGGAGGAGGUGCGGCUGAAGAAGCAGCUGCAGGACCUGGAGACCAAGAUCGAGAAGAUCGAGUCGCAGGCUGAGAUCAGGUCGAGCGGCAAGCGGGAGAGCAAGCCGGCGCUGGUGAAGAGGGAGCUAGAGCAGCUUCUGGACUACAAGCGGAAAGAGUUGAGAGAGCUGGAGGAGGGCACGGGCAAGAGCAAGACGGGCGGCAGCCUAAAGAGCAUCUCGGACGAUCUACAAACAGUACGGGAGCAGGUCGAGGGACUGGAGUCUCACCUGAGGUCGAGGGAGCAAAUCCUGGAACAGCUACGACGAGAGAUCGAGGACGAGAAGGCGAGUAGAUAG